UAGUAUGAAUUUAUGAAGAAGAAAGAAUGUAAUAAUAUAUCUAAAUAAUUAAUUAGAACAAUUGACAAAAUUCAGAUGUAUUGGUAUGACACUUACAUGAUGUGGGGUCGCUUUGACAGGUUCCUCGAUUGUAUUUAUACCUUUGAAAUAUGGUGGCGGUGGCAACAAAAAAAAUUAGUAAGCUCCCUCAGAUUGCGAAAAAGUGCGGGUUGGCUGUAAAAGAAAAGUUCUUGAACAUUCUAAUGAUCUUUAAAAUGUAAACAAACAAAUUACAUGCAGGUCAUGAGUUCUUAAGAAAUACUUUGGUUGCAAAAAUACACACACACCAACAAUGAUAGACAGAUUAGAAGAUAGAGAGAGGUCCCAAGUGGAUGGCACCCCAAGUGACUGGCAAGGUCAGAUAAAGAAGUGGAAGCGAAUAGAAGUUUGGUGGGGGUAUGAAGACAUUGGGGAUACGCGAAGGGGAUAUUCUCUUCUUCAAUGUACUGUGAUUACGGACCGUUUUAAGACACUAUAACGGUCUCUAAAAUAGGUAUAUCAACAUAGAGCGGUCCGGACGGCCUCCAAUUCCAGCUCUCCUCAUUAGAGGAGCCAGGCCCCCACGGCUAGUGGCCCACGGAGUGCCAGCGGAGCGGCUUACACACCCCGUAGGGUAGCUACUCCCUUCCCUGUGGGACAGCAAGACGCUCCGCUGGCCCCUGCUCGGGGAGAGCCACUGCGUGGUGCCUAGCUCCUCUUCGAGGAGUCCUGGAUCGCCUCCCACCCUCCUCGUAGAGGAGCAAGGCCUCCACGGCCAGUGGCCCACGGAGUGCCGGUGGAGCGGCUUACAGACCCCGUAGGGUAGCCACUCUCCUCCCUUCGGGGGAUCUACACUCCGCUUGGUCCUUCAUGUACUGCUCUGUAUCAUAUUUCUCCACCCUCUUCCAGAAGGGAUGACCCCCCCCCCAAAUCACAUGACCGACGUCACACGCACAAAUCACAUGAUCGGCCCGACUCCCAUCUCCGAACGUACUAUAUGCACACCAAAGCAUCUCUGGGAUCUCAUCAUUAUAUUUCAACCCACAAGAAUUGAAUCCUUUAUCUUUCUAGUCCAAAAAGGGGAUAUUGUGUAUCUAGUUGUAUCAUGUCCGAUUUGAAUGUUCCCUGGCCAUCGACGUCGUACACGUCUCCACCAUCUCCACAACAACUCACAACCCUUUACAACGUCAUAGCAACGCUCUAUGUCUUGGGAUAUACGUCCCUUGCAAUCAAUUUCACAUUACCAGAAGGUACUAAGAUCCCCUUUGGAUCGGGUCUAGCAGCCAUAAACCCAAUCCCCAUCAGUAGCUUACGUGAAAAGUUUGCUCAUUUUGCAAAUUUACGACUUUUCUCUCGAAUAACUUUGGUGGUAAGUGACCCAGCACAAUGUCAAGGAUUGGCUAAACUUCAAAAUGUGUUUGAUAUAAUUGCCAUUCAACCAACCACCGAGAGAGCUCUCCAGUUGGCCGCCACCAACUUGGACAUAGACCUCAUUCUGGUCAACUUGAGCAAUCGGUUGCCCUUCUUCCUCAAGCACAAGACUGUGGGGAGUGCCAUCGAUAAGGGUAUUCAAUUUGAACUAUGUUAUGCAUCCGUGGUGGCUGGUACCGCUGGAUAUCUUGUACUGAAUGCCAAUGACAACAUGAGUCUACUGACGACGGCGUUGUUGGCCCGUAAGGUGUUUUUCAGCAAUGUGAUGCAACUCAUCAGAGCGUCUCGUAGCAAUGGAUUGGUUGUAUCCAGUGGAGCCACACAACCGUUACAAGUACGUAACGGCACCGAUAUCCUCAACUUACUCAAGACCGUGGGGCUUGAUCAUCUGAGAGCAAAGGCUUGUUUGAGUGAUAACCCUCAAAAGGUUUUGGUCAGUGGACGUCUUCGCAUCAAGAGUUACAAGCAAACGAUUGUCAUGGGCACUGAGCCGCGUGACGUUUUGUUGGACAAUGCGCAAGAGGAUCCGGCCAAGAAGGUCGAGAGUUCUGGGUACCGUAAGCGGUUGGGUGAUACUUCCAGUGGGAGACUUUUAAAGAAGUUGAAACGGUGAGCUGAGGAAUCGAGGAGAGGAGAGGAGAGGAGAACGAGGCUCCCGGGGAUUAGUUCAUAGAAAAAUUUAAUAGCAAGCAUUAUACGUGAUAUUGACAUCAGGUGCCACAAUGUAGUAAGUAGUAGAGG